CUUGCCCCUCUACAUCCGGACGAAUUGUUCGGGGUUCGUGGACCCUCGUGGCUUCUCGUAAGUCACUUUCCCCGUGCCUUUGCCAACUUCCUGUGUAAUACAUAAGAACGUCGUCUUUCCCUCCUCUUCUCCUUCUUUCUUUUGCUCACAUCCCUUUUCUUCCACAACUCUAAACACACAACCUGCUUCGGUGUUUCUCGAACUCAACUCGUAAGAAGCAUUCGACAUAAUUAAAUCCAUCAAUUCUUUGAUCUUAACAAACCAACCUAUCUCUUAACCUCAUAACUCUUUGACCCUUUCUCAUCGUCUCUGCCUAUAACCAUUCACAAUGGGUAAGAAGGCAGUUCACUUUGGAUCCGGCAACAUCGGCCGAGGCUUCGUCGCCUGCUUCCUACACGAAUCAGGCUACGAAGUUAUCUUCGCUGAUGUCGUUGACAAGCUCGUCGACUCCCUCAACUCAACACCCUCAUACAACGUCAUUGAGCGCGGCGUUGAGGGCACGGUCACCAAGAAGAUCACCAACUACCGAGCCAUCAACUCCAAGCACAAUGAGGCUGAAUUAGUCGACGAAAUCGCAACUGCCGACGUCGUCACUUGCUCAGUCGGCCCCAACAUCCUCAAGUUCAUCGCUCCGGUAAUUGCCAAGGGUAUCGACAAGCGCUCGAACGAUGCGAAGCCUCUAGCUGUCAUCGCUUGCGAAAACAUGAUCGGUGCUACUGAUGCCCUCGCCGGUCACAUUAAGGACCCUAAGAACACCCCUGAACACCGUCUCGAAGACCACCACGAAAGAGCCGCCUAUGCCAACUCGGCGAUCGACCGCAUCGUUCCCGCUCAAGAUCCUAACGCGGGCUUGGACGUCACUCUAGAGAAGUUCUACGAGUGGGUUGUAGAAGAGACCCCGUUUAAGCCAAGUGAAAACACGGCGAGCAACGUCGAGAGGCCGUCGAUCGAGGGUAUUAAGUGGGUCGACAAUCUACUACCCUUCAUCGAGCGUAAGCUCUUCACCGUCAACACUUCCCAUGCUACCGCUGCCUACUUCGGUUACAACAGGCAAAAGCAGACUGUUGAUGAUGCCAUGCGAGACAAGGAUAUCAAGAACCAGGUUGCCGCCGCCGUCAACGAGACUGCUAAGCUGAUCGUCGACAAGCACGGCAUCUCCCCUGAGGAGCAGGAUGCGUACAAGAAGAAGAUCAUCGACAGAAUCAGCAACCCCCAUCUUGCCGAUGCUGUUGAACGUGUCGGCCGUGCUCCUCUGAGGAAGCUUGGUCGCAAGGAGCGCUUCAUUGGCCCUGCCGCUGAGCUAGCCGAGCUAGGUCACGAAACGCCGGCGCUUCUGGCUGCCGCCGAGAUGGCCUUCCGCUUCCAGAACGUAGAGGGUGACGACGAGAGCAAGGAGCUAGCCAAGAUCAUGUCCGAGAAUAGCCCCGAGGAUGUGGUAGCCAAGGUGUGCGGUCUACAGAAGACAGAGAAACUCUACCCCAAGGUGGUAGAGAUUGUUCAAAAGGUACAGGCGGACAGCCAAGACUAAGCGCCUCGAUUGUUUACUGUUUUGCUUGUGCUAUACUUUCGCGUCUGCAUUUGUUACGAAUUUUACGGCAUUGGAGCGAUUGCAAGGUACAGGGAAAUGACUGGGAAUAACGGCGUUCAUAUAUCACGGGAGUGGAAACCAAAGGAACGCAGGACGCGCGAACGCUUUCUGGUGAUAAGACCAAGAUAAUGCUACUAGAAGCAUCAAUAUGCAUUGCGUUCUCGAUCUGAAGUCGAUCUGAUGAGAUGACAAGAAGACAAGACAAGAUUGAUUUCCAAUAUAUUUAUUAAAAAAUGCCGAAUCUUAUGAAUGUUACUAGUGAAUGUAAUUUGCUUGUUUGACUUAUCUUAAUAUAGCCUCCAUUUCGGUAUUUUCGUAUAAUUAUGUUCCACAUAGGCAUCUAUUAGCAAGUCAUCAUACCUGGCAUUGAAGGUUUAAAAUUCAAAGCUAUUAAAAGAGUCACGUUCCCAAUUACUUGGUGAUGGCGAUGUUGACGAUUUGUGGCUGAUAAUCAGGUCCUGAAAAGACCCAGUCCCAGACCCAGACCCAGGACGGCGUCGGAGACUAAAGCUUCAGCCACAAA